GUUUUAAUUACUUCUGAGGGUCAAGCGCGCCAGUAACUCAUACGGCACGCUUAAGAUGGGUAUUGAUAUCUGCCACAAAAACGACAGAAAAGUAAAAAGAACUAAUCCAAAGAGUGAUGACGUCUACUUACGUCUGCUUGUCAAACUUUAUAAAUAUUUAGCUCGACGAACUGGUUCAAAGUUCAACAAAAUAGUAAUGCGGAGGCUUUUUAUGAGCAAAAUUAACAGACCAGCUUUGUCAUUGGCUCGUCUCAUGCGACUAAUGAAAAAGUCCGGACGAGAAAACAAAAUUGCUGUUUGCGUCGGAACUAUUACCAACGAUCUGAGAAUCCGAGACUUCCCAAAAAUGAAAGUGUGCGCCCUGAAAGUUACAGCAGCUGCACGUGAAAGAAUUUUGCACGCCGGUGGUGAAAUAAUCACUUUUGAUCGUUUGGCAGUUCUCAGCCCACUUGGGAAAAACACAGUGCUCAUCCAAGGACCAAGGAAAGGACGAACGGCUGUUAAACAUUUCGGUCCUGCUCCUGGUGCACCUAGUAGCCAUACACGACCCUACGUCAUCUCAAAGGGUCGUAAAUUUGAGAAAGCAAGAGGUCGUCGUGCUAGUCGAGCUUAUAAGAAAUAAAUGUAUGUACCGAUAAUAAAUCUCUUACUCAAGUGGCAUUAUGUAUUUGUGAUAUAAAUUGAAAGCUAGUGUUGAUACAUCGUUCUUCGUCUUUCUGUUACUAACCUUGUAUUCCAUAGUGAUAGUCAGUCGAUGUUAACAUUGGAUUGAACACUACUACGUAAUCGUCGAAACUACCACACUUCUCGACAACACGCAGUCAAAAGAUACUGAGAUAUAAGAGACGAAACAAUGAAUAAGCUAAUAAAAUUAGUAGAAGGUCAUGAAAAGAGGCAAGAAGCGAUGUUACAAUGACGAAAAUUUAUGUAGAGAUUAUGAUGCGGAUAUAUGAAUGCACCGGUACUAUUGCGAUGAACUCUGAUUCAUGUUACUUAGAGUCUUAAACUGUCGAUUUCAGUUAUCAUGCCGACCUAAAGCGGAUAGUCUACAUAUUGGCUCAUGCUUGGUGGACUGAUGGCAUAUUUUAGUUUGGCUACUUUGUUCAAGCUUAAGCUUCAACCACCAUUGCUUGGUGUGUUAGAGAACGGCUCGGUAUGCGUAACACGUUCCAGUCAUUUGAGCCAAUAGGGGUUAACAACCUCAAUAGGCGAUUUAACUAUUUUAAUUAUGUAUCCAUGUCUUAUUCCUGAGUUACUAGCCUGGUUGUACCAUGGCAUGGCCUGUGCAUCAAAUGCGGUGGUCGAGCUCCUAAAACCUGGUAUCCUCCACCCUCAAACCCUGUUUUGCAGCCAAAUAGUGGAAAGCAGUGAUUCUUAAUAGGUGAUCAAAUACCACGGCGACGUAAUUUGGCAAACACCAAGCCGACCGUUUGUGUCCAUACAGAGAUUUCGUUGGUCACUGACCCACCAGGAAUUGCCUGAUGUCCCAAGUAGGUAUAGUGGUUGGCGCGUCACUACCUAUUGUUGAUCAAGGCACCAGCAGAGACCAGUUCUAAAGCAACGAUUUCCAUUUGGGUGCUGCGAAACGCAUACCAAACAUUCGCCGAUUGUUAACUUAGGUGUUCGGAAGACAGCAUCUUCACUUAACAGGAUUAUAUCAUUUGCGUCCUCUAGGUCUACUAAGGAUUCUAUUCUGAUGACAUCAAACCUUGAUAAAUAAGAGGAUGUGAGAGAGACCUACAUAAGUCCCUCUAUGACAAAGUUGGGUAAGAAUAGAGGGAAUGGAUAACGUUGAUGGACACCACUCGACCUAGACAACUCAUCACGGACCCGACCACACCGACGAGUGUUCGAGUACAUAGCCUUCAACAAAAUGAUACACUUACCUGGUACCUCUUUCAGCAAGAGACGCUACCAUAGGACCUCCCGGUUAACAGAAACUACUGCUGCCUCGGGUUGUAAGAAUACGGCCAGUGUCGAGUGUCAGUAAGUGUGCCUGUGAUCCAGAACCUGGGGAGGGUGAGUGUCUGAUCGGUAUAUGCCUAUAAUCAGGCCUAAUGUGUUCCUUGUUUCCUCAGGUUUGUUGCUCUCGAGCUUUACAUAGGUUUCUGAGACGACAGGAACCAGUUAUCGAGAAUUCUUGGCAACAUGACUGAAAAUUGGUCACAGGGGUAUGCACCUUCAAGUAUUUUGAGGCUUGCAUAUUCUCAUUUCAAGUUCUUUAUUGUCACACUAAUUUAUCUACUUAAGUAUCGCUUUUUCUAUCUGUUUUGUUGCAUACCACUGAGUUGUGGCAACUUGUAACGAUGCACUUGUUUGCGAGGAUCUACACUGAUUUCGUUUGUCUGAUAUUGAUUUCUGACAAAUAUAGGACAUAGAAUCUCACUUCGUUUUGGUCAGGCUGAGUCGCUAGUAGUUAUCCUAAGAGGGGUUCUUCCCUUUCUUUUAAACCGAAACAAACAGUGAUUAAGAACAGUCAUAGGUGAAAAUGUCUGGUUCCCAUAUGGUAACUGAAACUUCUUAACCUAACUAAUAAUUCUUAACCACUAACCUUCGGUACUCUGGUCCUGAUGUCCUUCGUCGUUUCAGGUGAUGCACAGUUUGGAAUUUACCCACUAUUCACAUUGGUCUCACUAACCGUCGACGUUUUUGUCCAGGUCUCUUUAACGAAGCGAAUCUGUCUUCUGUUAAGUGUGGCUAUUGCAUUCUCCUUCUCUCUAACCUUCACUACCUCACGAUCAUCGUUUAGACUAUUGAGGUUCCUUCGUUCCCUAUGCGCACUGUGAUAUAACUUAUUCUAUCCACCUGUCUUUGUAUACUACUGUGAAGUGUGGCAACUUGAAUCGAUGGACCCGUAUGCGAUGUUCUGCAUUGUUUCUGUCUGUCGUCAACUGGGCAUUCCUGCAUCCUAACGAGUAACAGCAAUUCCACAUUGAGACUGAAAGCUGACAUCCGUUAAUAAAUGUCCGUUUAGGUUUUAAUUUCGUACUAGAUAGAAGUCGGUGGUUGUCUGUUCAUAAUUGUAGCAAUGAGUUUCCAUUAUCCAUCCAUUCGACUGGCAUUCUCAAAGCGGUAUUUCUCCGGUUUUCCCAUCCCAUCUGAAGCGAACACAAGCGCUUAGGUUUCAGUAGACAGUUUCCGACGGAAAUCUUCCAGGCUGCAUCAAGGAGUGCAUACAAAGAGGUUACAAAUAGACUACGGUGGGUUCCACUGUUUAUUGCCCACUGAAUCAUUUAGUUUAACAGUGCACUAACGGGUGUUAGGUGGGGCCCAGUUGAGCAGCGUGCUUUCAGCUACCUAUUAGGAAUAGCUCUGAUGAAUGAAAAUCGGGGAGUGUGCUCUACAUUCGUGGGAUCAGCUAAAUUAUGGUAAUAAAGAUGUCUUUGCAGCAAAAUGAUACUAGUUUGUACCUUCACAGUGCUGGGUUGCAUCUAUAUGGUGUUGAUCGUUUCUGUUUGCUUUACACGGUUAGUAUAGCUGCCGGACAGAAAUCUGAUUAUGUUUGCCAUGCAUUUCACAUUUGUCAACUGUAAGAUGAUGCUUCAGGGCUGGUCUGUUGCAAGUAUUCCCAGUUUAAUGAUAGAAAGUGAAUGUGUCGACCACAUCAUUUACUUGGGGAGUUGCAUGAGCCCGAAUGGGCUGGUUGCUGACGAAAUCUCAUUUUAGAUACAGAAGGCCCAUUUGGCAUUUGCCAACUUGUCACCUUUGGCACCGACUGAAGAGAUAUCCGACUAUCAGUCCGUUCUAUCCUGUUAUACGUCUGCGAGACAUGGCCAUUGAAAGUUGAAGUCAUGAAGUGGUUAUAGGGUUUCGAUCGCAGAUAUCUUUGUAGCAUUGCUCGCGUAUGGUAGAAUCACCAUAUGAGCAAUGUUGAGAUCAGACAAAGGUUACUAGGCGAAGAAAGCAAGGCGGUUGAUGAGGUUGUGAGCCCUAGUCGACUGAUAUGACUUGGACAUGUGCUGCGCAUGCCGAGUGAACCCCCUGCCUCAACAUGCCAUGUUGAGGUAAGCUGUAUUAGGUUAGAAGAGUGUUCAGAAUGGUCGGACUAAGACCUGGCAUCAAUCGAUGAAGUCCCUGAUUAUUUGCCUGAGCCAUGUGCGAUGUAGACGACCUAACCGGUGUCUCCGAAGCGAAAGGAAUCGGCGGUUGAGAACUCUUGGUGAUAUGGCUGGUUGCAGUGGCGCAGGGGUAUUCACUCUUUGAUGUCUUCCUAAGCUUGAGUAUUCACACCAACCCUUAUUUUCAAACUGUUUAUUCUCUCAUAACUUUGCCCACUGUGAUAUAACUCUUUCUAUUCUCUAUAGACUACUGUGAAAUGUGGCAACUUGAGCCGAUACAUCUGUGUGCGAGGUCCUGCGUUGAUUCUGUCUGUCUGUGAAAGUGCACUUUAAGUAAACAAAGUUGGCACAGGUUUCUCGAAGUAUGAUGAAUUCCUGGCAUUUUAUAACAUUUUCGACGAAGAAAUUUACACCUCAUAAGGUCAAGUAGCUCUAAAAACCUCGCUUGAUUGAAAAAGUGCACAAAUUUUGUGCGCCAAGCUCAUAGACCGGGGUCACCCUGGUGUGCAGAAGGACUUUUCGCAAAGCAAUAUACUUAGUGGGAAAAUAAUUCCUUGAGUAUCCGUCUCAACUAUUAUUACGACUGGUUGGCUUCAACACAAGUUUAUCUUUUUCAUCUUGUCACGAUAAAAGUUGCUUCGGGAUAUUGUCCUUCACAUCAACUUCACUAGUCAUUCAAAAUCAUCUGUAACAUUUUCUCGUCGCACAAUGAAUUGAUACACUGUCACAAUCCUGAAUGUGGAUAUGACAGUGCAGAGGGAGAGAGAAACUGAAUACCAAUUUUUUUUUCAUUGAGUUAACAUCCAAGUGCAUGCAUUAUAGAAAUGACUCAUUGCUCACCCACUCCAACUAUGUGGGAAAUUCCACCAUAAUUGUGACCAAAUAACGAGAAGUUGCAAUGAACGUGUAAUACAUGAUUAUAAAUACUCAGUAAGGUAUAUUUUAUAAGCUAUUCAUGCUAUAUUACCUCAGCUCACAGGUUACUUGAGCAUGACAAUAUCUAGUUUGGUUAAUUUGAUGUAAUCAAGACAAAAGGAAUCAUGCACAAGGUCAUCUACCUGAAAUAGUUGGGAUGGAUGCGGUUUCACUACAAUUCUCAUUGAUCAUCAAAACGCGUAAUGUGCACGUAAUAAAUGCGUUUACCUUUGGAAACCAACACCUAAUAUGACAUAUAGUCACUAAACGUUUGUAUCUGAAUUCCACUUCACUAAGAUCUGAUCAACCAAGGAAGUGAUAUGAACUGGCAUCUGGUCUCUGUGCUCUAUUUUAAUAGAACUGAACUGCGAAGCAGUCGGUUGCCUAGAAGUGCUUGUUCAAGCCCACUAACUCGGUACAAUUUCGUUUACACAGAAGCAUCUAAUGUUAUUGGUUUAAUGCAGUUAAAAAUUGUUUACUGAAGUACAGAGCAAUGAAAUUGCGAAGCUUAACUAAGUGUUUUAAAUAUAGACUUUCAUUUCAGCGCCUUUCCUUUUAAUCCUAUAAGAUAUACGACUAAUCUCAGUUUCUCCUUUUCUAUUAUUGUACAGUUAUUGUACCACCUCAUGUGAAAUAUUUCUGAUAAAGUUAACACAAACAUAUUUCUUAAGGCAUAACCGCACAGUUUGCCACACUUCAAAUGAGCAUAUCGAGAUGGAGGUCGGAGAAAGAAAGAUAACGAGAUUAACGGUUAAAAAGUGGUAAGACCAUAGUUUGAAGAAAAAGGAGCUAAAUAGGAUGUCACAUUCGGAUCCAGAUGGAAUUGAAUACAUCCGUGCCCCUGCGAUCGAUUCUGAACCAUAUAAGCAAAAUCGAGCGAAAAGAUUGAAACACUCAACUACGUGCAUGUCCCUGUGGUAAGUGGCAGCUAGUAUCUGGGAGCUACGUGAAUCUCGGUAGGCUGGUGCAUGUUUUUAACUCAUGACCCACUAGUCGAAAGCUAAGUCCACAGACAGAAAACCUGCAGCUACAUAAGCUAAAUCCCCAAAAGUUUGCAACCACCUUUCUCAGUUGCAUCCAACUAGGUUCUUACGUAUUACCCAACUUCGAAAACUAGAACGUGUCCCUAUUUCGAAGGGAACCAAGGGGUAUUUUUGUCAUUGGAUUACGGACUAGUACACACAAACUAGUGCAAAAUAACAUUCACUGAUAUUCUUUUCUGAAACUCCACCAAAAGAAAUUUGUUAUACAGGAAAGAUAGAGUGUUAAGUUAAGCAGACAGAGGGGAUUAUUCAGACAUAUAUGUGCAUAAACAAUAACCUCAGGACAUAAGAUACAAUCCUACUGAAUACUGAAUAAAAUCCAGCUUCUAAUGCAACUUAUAUAAAUAUAUAAAAAAAAAGUGGGAAAAGGCCAUAUAC